AUUACAAAGAGAAUAGCCAUUAACAUUUAUCCAUUCAUUCGUUCAGCGGUAACACUCUCUCCAUUCAAUCCGUUUUUUGAAGAUGGCGGCCUCCACGAAAUGUGACGGCAUGGAGGCUAUGGAGACGACUCAAGCAAACAUGCGGACACUUCUCGACGCGUUCUCGUCAUGCACGAAAAAACCGGAGACAUUCCUCGAGGUGCAGCCAGACGUGGCAGAGACAAUGAAGCACCUCACCAAAGACCUGUACGACGCCCUGGGCCAGUGGCAGAGGGCGCCCCUCAAGACGGAACUCCCCUCCCUCGUCAUCGACAACUUCGACGACGAGCAGAUCUGGCAGCAGCUGGAGUUGCGCAACGCACGCCUGGUCAAGGAAUGCAUCGCGUCCAUCUCCCGUGUGGCAACGCGGUCCUCGCUUAGCUUCGGCGUGGCGCUCGACAAGCCACGAGAAUCCAAGGUCCAAUUAGAGGCUGCAUCUGCAGACGAGGAUGUCGACGAUGCGGAAGAAGCAGACGACGUGGCGACGGACGAAGAUGCUUCGGACGACGACGAGUUAGGGGAGGGCAAAGCGGCCGAAGAGGCAUCUGCUCGACGUCCUGCGGCGGGUUCAAGUGGACCGAGUUCUGUCGUGGAUGAUGCAUUCUUUCGGCUCGCGGAUAUGGAGGCGUUUGCAGAUCAGGAAGAUCCCGAGCAACACGGCAGCGACUCGGAAGACGACAUUGACUAUUUCGGUGAACUCGGUUCCGAUGAUGAGGACGAAAAGGGUGGUCAAAAAGCCAAGUACAAAGACUUCUUCGAUCCCCCUCCCCCUUCUGAAGGUGGCAGGAUAGAGGAGCUGAUGCGUAGGGUGGCGUCAGGAUCUGCCGACUCGGAAACGCUGGACACGGAACAAGGCGGUACUGACAAAUCGUCUUUCGAAAAAGGUCAAGAAUUUCUGAAGAAGCGGAUCCACCAGCUGGAGGAGAAGAACCUGCAGCCUCGCACGUGGAGACUGCAGGGAGAAGUGGAAGCGAAAGGACGGCCCGAGAACAGCCUGCUGCAGGAGCACUUCAUGUUCGAGCACGCCACGCGGCAACCGGCGGCAAUCACGGAGGAAACCACGCGUUGCCUGGAGGAUGUAAUUCUGCAGAGGGUGAAGGACAAGGCUUGGGACGACGUGGAGAGGAAGACACAGACGACGCAAGAGCCAUUCGAGCUGCGUCGGCGCGUCGCGUUGGACCACGAGAAGAGCAAGUUGAGCCUUGCGGAUGUCUACGAGAAGCAGUUCCUCGACAAGCAGCAGCAGCAGCAGGGGGGCGACGCAGACGCUCCGGCCAAGGAAGAACCGGCGCACGCAGAGAUCCGUGCGGCGAUGCGCGACCUCUUCACCAAAUUGGACGCGCUGUCCAACUUCCACAUGAUGCCCAAGCCUCUUGCAGCCGAGGUGAAGGUGGUGUCCAACCUUCCCUCUAUCAAUGUGGAAGAGGUGAUUCCCAUCGGGGUGAGCGACGCCUCUCUGCUGGCACCCCAAGAGGUCAAGGCUAAAACGAAGGGCGAGCUCAUGGCACCGGGAGAGAAGACGCGGACGCAGCGGCUGCGCGAGCGGCGCCUCAAGAAGGCGUUUCAGAAGCGGAGGGCUGCCAAGGCGGCCGCCAGGGCAGCUGCCAAGGCUCCGCCCCUGCAACGCGAGGCCAAGGAGGCCAGGGACAAGGUGGUCAAGGCUGCCAACACCAAGCUGGCGAAGCCUGCCAGGGCAGGCGGGCGCAAGGAGAACAAGCGUGCCGAAAAGAGCCUCUCCUCGUCCAAGAAGUUCUUUGAGCGGUUGCAAGACCGGGUGACCUCCACAAUAGCUGUGGCGAAGAAGAAGCCGCGGCCGGACCAGCCGAGGGGAGCGGCGUCCGGGUUCAAGCUGUGAAUACACUGGGAGUGAGGCAGAGA